AGGUUCCCGCAGAAGUCAACUUUUUUUUGCGGGGGGAACAGAGCACUUCUUUGCACGUUCAUGAAGCCUCCCGGAUUUGCCAGAGUUGCAACUGGAGCCCUAGAAUACGGUAGGUGACAACCACUUGCCUCAAUUCCAUCCCUAAGACUCAGCAGCAAAACUCAGGCAGCUCACCCCAGCGUACAGGACACUCGACCUAACUCCAACGGAAUUCCCCACUGCUACUGAAAUCCGGAAACGCGCCCCCUCCAGGCCAUCGGCCGCGGGUGGCGCAUGCUCGGUGCGAGGGGGCGGGCCGCGGCUGCCGCCGGAAGCGUUCUUUCCCAGAUGGCUUUUGCUUCCUGUGUGCGGCUCUCUGGUUCCUGCGGCCGCUGUUUCUAUCCUGGGGGUCAGCAAUCAAGAUGGUACAUGCUGAAGCCUUUUCUCGUCCCUUGAGUCGGAAUGAAGUUGUUGGUUUAAUUUUCCGUUUGACAAUAUUUGGUGCAGUAACAUACUUUACAAUCAAAUGGAUGGUAGAUGCAAUUGAUCCAACCAGAAAGCAAAAAGUAGAAGCUCAGAAACAGGCAGAAAAAUUAAUGAAGCAAAUUGGUGUGAAAAAUGUGAAGCUUUCAGAGUAUGAAAUGAGUAUUGCUGCUCAUCUAGUAGACCCUCUUAAUAUGCAUGUUACUUGGAGUGAUAUAGCAGGUUUAGAUGAUGUCAUUACGGAUCUGAAAGACACAGUCAUCUUACCCAUCAAAAAGAAGCAUUUGUUUGAAAAUUCCAGGCUUCUGCAGCCUCCAAAAGGUGUUCUUCUCUAUGGGCCUCCAGGCUGUGGUAAAACAUUGAUUGCCAAGGCUACAGCCAAAGAAGCAGGUUGUCGAUUUAUUAACCUUCAGCCUUCAACACUGACUGAUAAGUGGUAUGGAGAAUCUCAGAAACUAGCUGCUGCUGUUUUCUCCCUUGCCAUAAAGCUACAGCCUUCCAUCAUCUUUAUAGAUGAAAUAGACUCCUUUCUGCGAAACCGUUCAAGCUCUGACCAUGAGGCUACAGCCAUGAUGAAAGCUCAGUUUAUGAGUCUCUGGGAUGGAUUGGAUACUGAUCAUAGCUGCCAGGUCAUAGUGAUGGGAGCUACUAAUCGACCUCAGGAUCUUGACUCAGCUAUAAUGAGAAGAAUGCCUACGAGAUUUCAUAUAAACCAGCCUGCUCUAAAACAAAGAGAAGCCAUCCUGAAACUCAUCUUGAAAAAUGAAAAUGUGGAUAGGCAUGUGGACCUGCUAGAAGUUGCCCAGGAGACUGAUGGGUUUUCAGGAAGUGACCUAAAAGAGAUGUGUCGAGAUGCUGCCCUCCUCUGUGUCAGGGAAUAUGUUAAUUCUACAUCGGAAGAAAGCCAUGAUGAAGAUGAAAUUCGACCUGUACAACAACAGGACCUACAUCGGGCAAUUGAGAAGAUGAAGAAAUCAAAGGAUGCAGCAUUUCAGAAUGUUUUAACACACGUUUGUUUAGAUUAAGAGUAAAGAGCAUUUGUAUAGUUCAGCGUGAUCUAGUUUGGUAUGCCCUCUCAUCAUUAGUGGAAAUAGAAUGGAAGGAGGAAGUGUGUUCUUUAAACAGUGAGGGAGUUCUUUGUUAGUGACACUGGUUUUAUACUCUGAAUUCUAAGUUAUUGAGAUAUAGUUGUUAUAUAAAUGGUAUUACUACUUAAUGAAAAAUCAUGAGGAGGAACAAUUUAAUCAACCUGAGUGUGGGUGCUUGUGUUUGACCUCUUUAGCCAUAUGUUGCAGCCUUAUAGUGUCUAAGCUGGUCUUAAAGUAACAAAUGAUUCACUGAGUCAUUAGUGAGAAUUGGGGAUGUGGUUUAAGUGCUGGUUUCUAGGAAUGUGUGUGUAUGUGUGUGUGUGUAUAUUAAAUGUAUAUAUUCACACAUUUUAUAUUGACAUUCUGUAGAUAGGUUUGAAUACAGAAACUUUUUUUUACCCCAACUACUGAAUCAAAAAGUACCAAGUAGCAGAUAGCAAAACUAAGGUUAAUGGUUGUGUCUGAAAGGUACAGUGAUUCAGCCCUUUCUAGUUGUUACUUGUUUCAGUUUUUUUUUAAGUUGAUUGUUUCUCUGCAGUUGAAUAGCUGGAGUCAGCCACGUCUGAAUACUUAGAUUUGGCUCAAUUAUGGAUGUCAGGAUAAUCAAAUAAAAAUACUUGUUCAGUAGUCAGCAUUGAAUGGUUGUCAGGCACUUGUGUGAUCAGCACUGAUUUCAUCUCUUUCUGCAAACACACUGAGUAGAGACAUUUUUUAAAUUGAUAUAUAUAAAGGUGGAUUGAAAGCCUUUCAAAAGAAUGGCUUUGAAAAACCUCAGUGCCAUUCAGUACAUGUAUGUGACUUUCAUUUCCUUAUUUAAUGUAACAGUUCUGUUGUUUUAAGCAUGGUUUUUUAAUAUUUUAAAUUUAUAUGUUCUUUAAUUGUGGUCAGAUAUAAUUUGGUCACUAAAAAUGAAAUGAUAGUUAAAAACAACUAGCUGUUACUACACGUGCUAAAAAUACCCAUUUUGUAAUUUUAAUUUUUUGUUUCUUAGCAUAUUAUAAGUUAUGCCCUACUUAAUACAAAUAUACACAUCAAAAUCCCCAUAUUGUAUUUGUAGUCAUUUGUGCUAUGUGUGCAAAAUAUGACAUUUUCUUGUCCAAAAUUUCACUAACCAGAAUUCUGUUAUAGGCACUUAAACACCAAGCAUAAGGAAAAUGGCACAAUAUGAUCUUGAGGUGCCCUCUGAAUCAUCAGAAAGAUUAAAUCAUGCUUCAUACAUCUUUGUUUUUAUUGUAUUUUUUUGAAAAUUUUAAAUCUUUAUUCAUGAGUUACUGGGUUAAUUUCUUUGAUAAUUUAAGUCUCUCCUUGGAACCCAUGGGACAGUUUGUUCUUUAAUUGUUGUGCUCUGAAUGGUAGGGUAGAGGUUCAGGUUUUGAAAAAUUGUGAAGAUGAUUGAAAAAUUGAGUGCAAAACACAAGAUACCAAAAAUAAAAUUGUCUCCAUUUUUAAUAACUAUAUUCUAUUAUUUUAUAAAUAUGUAAUAAAGAGGUCCCUCUUGAGUUUUUCUCUACUUAUGCCUUGGUCUUUUUCAGUCAUGUAAAACCUUAUAGGGUUGUUUUGGUUUAUAAAACUUGCCUUCGGACUGUUUUUAUCUUGCUAUAACUUUUAUAGCAUACAUUCUAGUGUCUAGUCAUUAUUUUGUUUCAGUAUAAAUUUCAGUAGUCACAAUUUUAAUUUGAUGUCAUAUUGAUCAAAAUAAGGGGGUGAUAUCUCUCUUCAUGCCUUUUUUUUUUUCCUUUUUCGACUGCGCCUGUGGCAUAUGGAAGUUCCCAGCCAGGGAUUGAAUGGAUGCAAAUCACAUAGCACCAAUGUUACAUCUUCAAUCCACUGUGCCAGGAUUGAACCAACAACACCACAGAGAUGAGCCAGACCAUUAACCCAUUGCAUUCCAGCAAGAACUCCUUUUAAAUCUUUAAAUUCAGAAUAUCUAAUAGUAAUAGUUAUAAAACUUAUUAUAGUCUUAAUAAUCUAAUGAAAUUAGAGAAAUGCACUGAAGCCAACAAUCAUGACUCAUCUAAGCAUCUUAAUGCCUUAAAGUAAUUAAUGAGUAAUUUAUUAUACGAUAUUAAAGAAUAUUUAGUGUUAUAUAAUUAUCCUUUUGCUGCAGACAUGUAUUUGAGAUAAACUUUUGACAUGCAUUGGAUUCCAAGGUCUAAGGUAUUUCAUUUUGGGUAACAGUUAAGAGUACUGGAUCCAGAGUUAAUACUGCCUGAGUUUUAAUCUAUGGCUGACAUUAAUUAACUCUGUAUCCCCGAUCUAGUUACCUAACUUAUUUGAGCCUCAGUUCCUCAUUUAUAAAACAGAGUGACAGUUGCACCCACCUUUUAGGGUGUGUAAUGAGAUGGUGCAUGUAAAGUACCCAGCAUAGUGCCUGGCUAGUUAUUGUUCACGUUAGCUAUCACAUCAUUUUAUUACCUUUACACACCAGUGUACAUAUCUGUUGACCAGGCUCAGUUUUUGAACAUUCUUGAUGCUUAAACCAUUUCCAUGAUCCCUGGAUCUCUACUCUGGGGAUAGAGGUAAAAUGAUCACCUGUGAUGUUUCUCUAAAAGCUCCAUUGUUAGAAGACUUCUGGUAAGUCUGAUGUUUAUCUUGAACUGUUCCUAGGCCUUUUUUGAAUAGAGUUUAGAAACUCAUUAUUUGAAUCAAUUCAUUGUCUCCUUUUUAAUUUAUCUCCUUUCUCAUUCAAUCUCCUUGCCUGCAGGGUGAUCCACAACUCAUUAUGUUAUCAAUAGAUGGGUUGGACUAAUCUAAAUAUUCUAUAUGACCACAAUAAUCUAACAUUGCUUAGUAGCUGUAACUUAAAGGUUUGGUGUUGAGGGUGUCUUAAGCUUUGAGUGUACCUGUAUAAAAAUGGCACAUUCCUCAGCAAUUUGUUUUCCAACUAGAAUUGUUUUAUUUUUGGGCAAAUGUUACCCAUUUCUGGAUAAGGGACAUGAAUUAGAUGAUGCAUAUUUGAUAAUUCUCUUUUUAGGUCUCUUAAGGUCAGUAUCAGAAUAUUGAAUACAAUUCUGAUAUGCUGAGUAUAUAUCCUACAUGACUAAAACCCCAGCACCAACUGGAAGCCUCACAUAAAGCCACAGAAUCAUUCCAUUUAGAGCUGAGAGAAUCUUUAGAGAGCUUUCUUUACCAAUUUGUUAUAGAUUAGUUACCAAAGAUAGAGUUUCCUAAUUGUCUCAAAAGUUAUAGCACUCUCCCCCCCUUUUUUUUUAAAUUGAAGUAUAGUUGACUUACAAUGUUGCAUUAGUUUCAGGUAUACCACAAAGUAGUUCAGAUAUAUAUACAUACAUAUAUAUUAAAAUCUUUUUCAGAUUUUUUGCCAUUAUACAUUAAGAUACUCAAUUUCGUUCCCUGUGCUAUAGAAUAGGCCCUUGUUUGUCUUUUUUUAUAUAUGUCUGUAUGUAUGUGUUAAUCCCAAACACCUAAUUUAUUCCUCCCAUAACCUUUACCCUUUAGUCAUUAUAAGCUUGUUUUCCCUUUCUGUAAGUCUGUUUCCGUUUGGUAAAUAAGUUCAUUAAUAUUUUUUUUUUUUUAGAUUCCACAUAUACAUGAUAUAUUUGUCUUUCUCUGUCUAACUUACUUCACUUAGUAAGAUUAUCUCUGUGUCCAUCCAUUUUGUCAAAAGUUAUAAAUAGCCCUCUGCACUCUGUACAUGUAUAAUUGAAAAUUCUGUCCAAGUCAUCAUAUUCAUGAAAUUGUAUUGAGAAGAUAUAAGGGCAUACCUUGUUUAACUGUGCUUCUCUUUAUUAUGGUUCACACAUAGUGGGGGGUUCUUUUGUUUUUGUUUUUUUAACAAACUGCAGGUUUGUGACAACCCUGCAUUUUCAGGUAAUGGUUAGCAUUUUUAGCAACAAAGUAUUGUUUAUGGUAUGUACACUUUUUUUAGACAAUGCUGUUGCAUACCUAAUAGACUAUGGUGUAGUGUAAACAUUUACAUGCACUGGGAAACCAAAAAAUUUGUCUGACUCUUUUUAUUAUAAGAUAUUUGCUUUAUUGCAGUGGUCUGGAAACUUACAGUAUCUCCAGGGUAUGCCUGUAUAUAGCACAGAUGCCAAAUGCAAAUGAAAUCAAACCCAAAAGAAAUUUAGCAUGUGAGUACAAACAAAACAUCUUCAGUAACACAAUGUAAAUUUUUCACUACUAUUACUAAUAACCACAUAAGGGUCUCAUUAAAACACUGGACUGGGGGUAUAUUUUGUGAUUUCUAAUAUUUACUGUUAUAAAUAUGCUUGAGAACACUUUUAGAUAGAAGCAUUUGUGCUUUGAAAUACAGUUUCAUUGAAUCUUAAUGCUGCUGUGGAAUGUAUGAAGGACAGAGGUUUGUGAAUCAUGACAGCUCAGUUUUAAAACUAGAGCAAAACAUUGAAAUCGUUACUGACAUGCAAAAUUUGGAACUAAAACUAGAACACAGUGGAGUAUGCCCACUGUUUUGAACAUACUUAGCUUCCAGAAAUUCUAAGGUUGACCAGGAUUCUCAAACGGAGGAUGGAAAUAUAUCAUCCAGUGAAAAAGUCCUUUGCAGACAUGUCUGAAGGAGAUGAGUAUCAUCUACCGGGCCAUAGUCAUAGUCUUGUAAAGAGUACCAUUUAGGGUUCUAUUACAAGCAGUCAACUCAAGCUGACCUAAGCAAUAAAGAAUUUAUUUGAAGGAUAUGAGUAGCUCUUAAAAUCAAAGGGAAGCUGAAGAAUUGGACUUAAGUUAAAAUCUCUGAAAGCUCCAGGUGUUUUAUCAGGAAUUGCUGAAGAAUCUCGUUUUUAUUCCUCUCCCUGGAUUAAAUAAAGUCUAAGUGUUUAUCUUUAAAUUGCCCCAUUCAGUAUUCACAAUCCUGGGAGUGUGCAAACCCAGGUAAAAAGUCACCUGGCAGCCCUGGAGCUUAUAGAGAAUGGCCCUGUAGGAACUCCUUUGACUUAAAUGAUUUGAGAGCAAAUGCAGUUGACCUUUGAAUGGCACGGGUUUGAACUGCAUUGGUCAACUUACCCUCACAUUUUUUCCAAUAGUAAAUACUAGUACUACACAACCUGCGGUUGUUUGAAUCUUCAGAUUGAUUUCAAACUGUGGAUGCAGGGGAACCAUGGAUACAGAGGGCCCACUAUAAAUUAUUCAGGGAUUUUUAUUGCAAGGAGGGUUAGCAUCCCUAACCUCUGCAUUGUUCAAGGACCAACUGUAUCUAGAUUUACUGGUCAACUGCAAAAGAGGGUGGUAUUUCAUCCAAAAGAAAUUAAAAAUUGUGGAGAAUAUGGCUGGACAAAAAAAUGGCACAUGACACAUUGGUCACACGAGGUCAUAAAUGCAUGCUUAGUGAAGGGCAGUCAGUAUUAUGAUUCAGGUAGGCAUGCUGGAUAUAUAGUUUGUGUGGCCAGGCCUUCAAGGACUGCUAGAUCUAAUCCCAUAAGCUUAACCACUUGAUGAUGGAGUGCUACUUGGUCUGUCCAAUUCUUUAGCUAGAUGAUCACUUUUUAACUUGUAAUUUAUUUUGUUCCAGAUAGUAGGUAUAAAAAAGAACAGUGAAGACUGAGGUAUAACAUGGUUAGUACGUUUAUAGAGGCCAAUCUUUUAACUAGUUUAAAAGACCAGAUCAUUAUUGGAGUUGUUUAUGUGAAAGUAGGUCAUUAUUAUUUCAACCUGUGCCAAGCUGAAAUUUAUCUUUGAACUAUUAAUGGAAAGCAGGCUUAUGCAGUAAAUAUAAAUCAAAAUUUUUCUUUACCCACAAGUCUGUAUAAUACAUAAGAACUUUCACAAAUGUUAUUUUAAGUAAAAUAGGUGCAGAACAGGUUUGAGUUUCUAAAACAAAUCAACCAUAUUUAAGAACUUUAUCAUAGAAGGUGUAUUACUGAUUCCAGCAAGUACAAAUACAUGUUAAAAAGCUGUGCCCAUCAGUUUGUUGCCUAUGUAUUUGAAGGUAAUAAAAUUGUGUUACUUUUUAAAACUCUAUAGUUUAGAUUUCUUACUAAUUGAGACUGGUCUUCCCUGCAGUUAAUCCAAAUGAGGAAGUCUGUGGAAAGAGUAGUGGCUUGAGGGGUUAGGAAGGGUACCACAGUUUCAAAACAUAAGCUAUUGAAAAACUGUAAGGCUUACCUACAAAAGGCUUGUCUCUAUUCAUCAAGACUUCCUUGCAUUACCGCUUUUUCCUAGCCUUGUAGAAAAGUAGUAUUUUUAUUUUGUCUAGGUUUUUCUCUAUCAAACUAAAAUGUCCAAACUCUAGCCAGUGACCUUUUACUUUUAAUGGUAAUUCCAACAAAAUUACAAUAUAAGCAAAAAAAAAAAAAAAGGCACCUUUGGAAUGUAUACUAGUGAAUUGCUUAUACAUCACUUUCAUCAUUUGGUGAAGGUAUAUGAUGAGUGGCCCAAUAAUAGUUAAUAUUGACCAAGAAUUAAAUGCAUGCUAGAGGAAAGUAAAAAAAAAAAAAAGUGAUUACUCUUUCAAUUCCUGUAUCUUGUUAAUUCUUGAUAAUAUAUGCAUUAUUGGUAGUGGGAUAAGCAUAACUAAUAGAAACCUGUAUCAUUCAAAAGCGGGAGUUGCCGUUGUGACUCAGCAGAAACAAACCCGACUAGUAUUCAUGAGGAUGCAGGUUCCAUCCCUGGCCUUACUCAGUGGGUUAAGGAUUCAGCAUUGCUGUGGCUGUGGUGUAGGCCAGCAGCUCUAGCUCCAAUUCAGUCCCUAGCCUGGGAAUGUCCAUAUGCUGCAGGUGCGGCCCUAAAAAAAAAAAAUCUCAAAGACAAAAGCUGCACUAUGUUCCGUCAAACCUUUAUACAUAAGUACAGUUGAUUGUUCUGGUGCUCAUCUAAUUUCCUGAUUACUUACCUAUCAGGAAAAUAUAUUGACAAUCUGUACUAGACCUAAAAGUCAGGUAAUAAAAGGAGGAUGAGGAAAAAAAAAAAAUGAACUUGCUGUUUAAGUCACUAAGACUUGUUUCUUCUUUCAGGGAAGAUGGGUUGGAAAGGAAAUCUUGUGGCCUGAUAUGAAUUUUGGUAGAUUUGUAAGUACACCAUUAUCUGACUGAAUGACUUACAUAUGUCCUUCCAGGAUUUUUUCACACUGCCCUGUACAGUUUGGCAUACUCCCUCAGGACCUUAAAUCUUAUGUACUUACACAUUUCCUGCACUACUUUAAAGUUCCACUAAUUGUCACUAGGAGCCAGCAAAGUAAGGAUCUAGGGAGAGAGAGGAAAUGGUAGUAAGUGGCAGCUUUGAGCUGGCUAUUAACACCAGUUUUUUUUCAGAGUGAGGACCAGCAGCAAAGAUAUGCAUGAAACCUUCAGGAGAGAAGGGAAGCAGGGACUCAAGAAGGGAAAAAAACCCAAAUCUCCAGGCCUGUCAGAAGGCCACUGAAGGUGUGGGUAGAAAAAGGUAUCCUUUCUGGGUAUACCAGUAGCAGCUGCUAAGGUAAGUAGAGAUGUGGAAGUUGUGGGAAAAAAUGCAAAUGCUCCCAACCCUGCUGGUGAAACUCUUUGGAAGCACUUUGAAGAAAAGGGAACAAGUUAGAAAAAAAUUUGAGAGGUCAUCGGAUCCCCCAUGCGUUGAAAUCCUGGGGUGAGUUCCCUGAGAAACACAGUCAUCUCUGAAAAUAUCACUGCAGUGCUUGGCUGAGAUCAUAUGUCAUUCACAUCACAGCUUUAAAAAAAUGACAUGAACAAAGACAAACAGCCUCUUAAUUAUGGUCUGAAAGCUGCUGUUUCUCUCCAAAGUCACAAGGGCCUCAGCCGAGUGAUGAUCAACCCGUACUUGAUGUGAUAAGCAGAAACAACUCAGCCUUCGUUUUGAGAAAUUUAUUAAAAUAAGAACAAACAUCAAUUGUACAUAGAAAUAAUCAUUUGCACUAAGUAUAGUACUAGAGCAGAAGAGCAGUUUUAAAUAUAUUUUUAAAAAUCACAAAAUAUAUUGGUUAAGGCACUAUAACUUGUCUCCAGUUUUCAGUAAAUAUGCCAUUUUUAAAAAGGCAGUAGUGAGGACCUCUGAUUACGUGGAUAUAGGCACUAUACUAUUAAAGACAUACUUUGCUGUGGCCAUUGUAUGUAAUUUAUUCUCAAAAGAACUUUCAUUAGCUAGGAUUAGCAUUUUUAAAAACUGAAUAUGAAAAAAAAAAUCAGUUUUCUCUUUCCAGUCUAAGUCUCUUCCAGAGAGACCUAGGUACAAAAAGUACUAUUUCUUCAUAUAUUCCUUAGUAACAAGGAAUUAUGCAUAAGGUGCAAAAGAUGGCCUCCCAGAAAGUAAAGCCAUCAGCAGUUGGAUAUCUCAGAACAGCAUGAGUCUUUGGGAAAAGUAUUUUUUCCAACUGUAAUAAAAUUAGCUAAGUUUGGAAAACCCUGGACCUUUUAGCAUCCAAGAAAGCUGCUUUGUAAGUGCCUUCCAUUCAAGGAGUUUUGUUAAGCAGUUGGGAGGAACCAGGUCUAGCUCCUGUGCUGUACAGUGUAGACAGAGCACUGGCCUGGAAGUCAUGUGGCCUGGGUCCUGGCUCAGUGCCACCAGUACUUCCUAAGGAUGCCAUUUUGGCACUGUCAUUACAGUGCUCAUUAGCUCGUGAAGACUGCGCCUGUGCAUCGUCCUAGUUUGGUCAUCUGUAGGAUGAAAGGGUUGGAGUUCUCUGCAUUUUUGUCCAGUUCCAGCAGCUUGCUAGUCUGAUAGUGUGAAUUGUUCUGGGUCACAGCUGAUGCCACUGCAGUUAAUAGGUGCAGCCUCUCCCUAGGACACAAUGUCCACAGCAAAGAGGAGAAACAUUAACUUUCCACAACAUUGCCAGGUUGUUUGAGCCCUGGGUACAAAUCUUUUCAACUAAGCCCUCUAUACUAUUUAAAAUCUCUGUUUAACUACAGUUAUAUUAUUCACAGCAAAGUAUUAAGACUUCUCUUCCUAUUAGGCAGUGUAACUUCUGUGGCAGAACUUGAUUGCAUAGAUCUCUGAGAUAACUGCACAUUUUCACACAUUUGGUUUCUCCAGUCAGGUCAUUCUUCGGCACAUAAGAGACUGGGCAGUAAGGCUGGAUAGGCCCGAGACGAAAUAUUAGCAAGAAUCUUGAUGUGAGGGUUGUUUUUUUGUUUUAUUUUUUUCAGCUUUAUAGAAGGAACUGUCCAUCUGAUUUCUUUUACUACUGGUGUAUGACAUUGGGAGAGUGCAAGCUGGCAAGACUUAAGCUGGAAAAUGCGCUUUACUUUUUGGCAGGUAAACUGGACACAUGGUCAAAGCUUUAAGAAAUCUAGGACCUCCUGCUCAGAUGCAGUAGAGAAUAUAUCUUAUUUUUUUCUGAAAUGAUAACAAUGUAGCUUUUACCUGUUAAGAUUAGGUCUUCAGUUUUGCUUUAUAUAUAUAUACAUAUAUAUAUAAAGUUUUGCUUUACCUAUAUAUACACAUACAUACAGAUAUACAUGUGUGGGUAUAGGUGUGUAUGUGUAUAUAUAUGUGUGUGUGUUGACUUUAAAUUAUAGACAUUUUUACCUUAUUAUAAAACACUAACUUUAAAAUCAGUCAUUGAGAAGCAGUUGGAUACAAAGCAUCUAAUCACAAAAAUAGAAAAGGAAAUCAAAGAGCACUUCAGAAAGAAACUGGUGCUGAAAGACUUUUAGUUGUUCUUCUCCAGGGACCUGUAAUAAUCUGUCAGGACUUUCCAUGCUUUGGGGGCCAUGAAGCCAUCUGGGGGAUUUUCUCCUUCCCGGGCCAGCUUCCUCAUUCGAGUUCCUGAGAUGAAGUCGAACUCAUUGUGCCUGUUAUGGGGUAGCAGCAAAGGACUCAGCACAGGUAAAUAACAUCUGCCUUCAAGAUCCCAGGACUAGGCUAUGGGUUCUUAGUCCACAUGUUUUCUUUCUGUAAAAUGCUGCAUUUUCUAAAAUAAGCAGUUCACUAACUUCAGUAAAGGAACUUGUGGGAGAAAGGGAAAUGAUGGCAGCUAUCCAUUCAGUACCUACUGUGUACCUGCUCAGUUCAUGGGAAGGGUCUUCUGUUUCUCUGCAUACUUAGGUGAGCUCUGAGCACUGUGAGUGCUCUACAAUUACUCAUUGAAAUGUUUUUCUGCAUUCACUUUCUUUAAUGUGCCAGGCACUCAGUGCAUGCUCAAGGAAUAUAUGUUUAAAAAAUAAAUAUUUACAAGCUGAAUGUAAGGGGCUAUACUACAACUUUAGGGAACACAAAACACAUAAGCAGGUCUUGGCUUCCAAGGGACUGAUUCCAAUUAGCAGUAUGUGGACACACACGGAGGAGUUUUCCAAAGUUUCUGCCUCAUCAUUCUAGUUGAACAGAUGUUGAUUAAAGAAUUUUCCUCUAAAAACCUACCUUGCUGGAUCAUAGAAGUCCAUGGCUUUUUUGGCUUUGUUGUAGGCAGCCACUCGGAAUGGAAUGAUUUCCACAGAGGUGAGGCCAGGAGCCAUAAUCAAGACCUUUCCCCCAUGAGUGGGUUCAUACAGGUCUUUCUUGGUCUCAGGGUGGGGCAUUCCUGCAGGGUCCCGGCCUACAAUGUAGAAAUUGGCCCCUGCAAUCAUCCGGGACCUGCAGUGCCACUGGACCUAGAAAACAUCACAUAUAGGACAUGCUGAUCAUCACUGGCCAAUCCUGUGGGUCCCUGUUUACAGAAACACCCUUUUAUUCUGCUUUUAACGUAAUUCAGUGAUAUGAGUCAACUAAUAAUUGCAGGAAAGUCAGCGAGGUGUCCAAGACUCUUGCUGUCUUCUGCUUGUUUAUACCAGAUAAGAUAUAGGAGCCUUAAAGCUAAGUAUCCUCCCUUUUAGAACCUGAGGUUAUAUUUCCUAAUAUCUUCAGAUAAACAGCCCAGAAACACUCAGGGAGUACUGUUCUAUAGAACUAUAUGGAUUUUACUUGCCAGUUCCCUAAUCAAAAUAAGUCACAGUUUAAGGUAAAUUACAAAGUUCAAUAUCUCUUAUCAUCUGACUGCCAAUAAUCUAACUUUCAAAUGCAGACGUUGAUUCUAUUUUUUUUUUUUUCUUUCUUUUUGUUUUGCUUUUUAGAGCCACACCUGCAGCAUAUGGAAGUUCCCAGGCUUGGGGUCGACUUGGAGCUGCAGCUAUAGGCCUACACCAUAGCCACAGCAAUGCAGGAUCCAAGCUGCAUCUGUGACCUACACCACAGCUCACUGCAACACCGGGUACUCAACCCAUUGAGUGAGGCCAGGGAUUGAAGCCCCAUCCUUGUGGAUACUAGUUGAGUUCAUUACCACUGGCCACAACAGGAACUUACAAGUUACCCCCUUUUAAGUUAAUAUAGAAACACAGAAGAUGUGGAAGAGAGCAAGGAGCCUGGAACGUUGAUCUGGUUGAAGAGAAUUAAUUCACUAAACGCUGUCGGAGCAUUCCAAAGGUUGAGGCCCUUUCAGUUCUCAUACUUCCUGCAAAUUUGUUCAAGUCCACUGCACCACAAAAAGUCUGUUUGAUAGGCUUAUUGGGCUCUGAUAAACAGGAGAUAUUAGGCUUUUAAAGACAUCCUCUCCCUUCUAGUGCCACUCACGGAGUGAAUCACCUACGAGUAACUAGGACUUCUGAAACUGAAUACAGAUAAGCUGUGUUAUCCACUUCAUUCAUACACCAACAGAUUUGAUGUGGUAUUUUCUAGCAUUUUUAUAAAUACUAGAUGCAAAUAUAAUUCAGUUGGUUAAAAAAGAGAGACCCAGAGAUUUCAGAAUCUGCUCACCAGGAAGAAGAAUCCCAGGGAUUAUUUUGCACCUCAAGGUAGAAUUUGACCUGCUUUUCUGAGUCCCAUAGCCCAGCUCAGGGAACUGCUCACCUCUGUAGGGCCAGCAUAUAACAUGGGAGAUGGGAAGAUGGCAACAAUGGUUGACUUGGGAUCUAGAACCUCUUCUUCCAGCACAGCUGAGUGCUGCUUCAUUCUCCAGUCCAGGGGCACAUCAUCAUCCUUGGUCCAGCCACCUAGAGGGUGGAGCAGGAGAACUGGAUGCUUAUAGCCCCUCUCCAGGAGCCGGCGGCGAGUAUCCUGCAUCAACAGAGCAUGGCCAUUGUGGACAGGAUUGCGCAACUGGAAUGCAAACACUGCAUCUGGAAAAGGAAAGCAGACAUGCAAUGUCUCUGUAAGAACAGAAGGGAAAAGACAUGGCUGUGUUUAUUGUUUAGUGCACUUGUUAUAUCCAUUUUUAAAUAAUUGGCUGGAGAAUCCA